AUGGACAGCAAUACUGCGGUCAGAGAAUUCGAACAUUCUUCCGACCAGAAGCUGGGGGCAACUUACAUGAUCGACUCCUUCGUGACCGGCAAGCAAGAACUUUUUGGCCUGGGGGAGCGAUUCACAAUUGGGCGAAGGAGAGGAGAGCACAAUCUCUACAAUCCGAGACCAGACAGGAAAGACCUGCUCCCAAUAGCAGAUGUCUGCUAUAUUGCUCUACGACAGGGAGCAUAUGCAACAAACCAACCAAUUAUCACAACAAAUCCAAUAAUCCGCGAUAGAGUCUGCGGGUCAGCUCUUGUACGAUGCGAGAAGCCAAAGGGAAAGGGCCCAGGAAACAGUGAUAUUUCAAUGACAGGCUCUGUCUCAGCUAUGAUGCAUUUUGCGGAUCUACAGUCCCUGCAUGCAGAUAAUGCUCUGGGGUUUCUCUGCUAUGCUGACUCUGUCGAUGCGCUUAUCGAUGCCGGCUGGACGGUCGUGAAGGAAGCUGAUUUUGCCAUUAUCAAGGAGGAUUUGGAUAGCGUGGAGGUUAAGGAGAAAGCUGAUGGAGACUCUGGCUCGCCUUCUAAGAAACAAAGACGAGUGUAA